CCAGCACGGCCUAAGAAAGACUUGACAGAGUCAAGAUAGAAAAUGACAGCAAACCCUCUAAGAACAGCUCUUGCUUUGCUCCUCUUUGCCCUCUCUGGGGUCCCGGCCAUGGCAGAAAUCUCUUGCAGAAGUGAAAAUGGUGAACCUGUGGACUGGGUUAUUUUUUAUAAGGUGCCCAAAGUGUUUCAGAAGAACAGGACAGGGCUGGAGUACCUGUACCUAGACUCCUUAACAAGAAAAUGGAUGAAGAGCAACCAUCUGAUCAACAACAACAAAAGUAUUUUGGGAAGGACCCUGGAGCCGCUAUAUGAAGCAUACAACUCCAAGAGCAAUAACACAGCCUAUCUAAUCUACAAUGACGGUGUCCCUAAGUCUAUGAAUUACAGCAGAAAGUAUGGACAUACCAAAGGUCUACUUGUAUGGAACAGAAUCCAGGGCAUCUGGCUGAUUCAUUCUGUUCCCAGGUUUCCUCCACUUCCGGAAGAUGGCUAUGAUUAUCCAUCCUCAGGGAGACUUUAUGGACAAAGUGGCAUCUGCAUAACUUUCGAAUACAGCCAGUAUAAAAAAAUAGAUUUUCAGCUCUUUGUCUCCCAACCAAACAUCUACAGCUGCUCCAUCCCAAACAUCUUCCAUCAAGAAAUCGUCCAUAUGACUCAUAUGUGUGCCAAGUCCGGCUCCUUAAACAUCCCUGGCCGGAGGCUCGCCACUCUGCAAUCAGCCCAGGGACUGGUGUUCUUCCAUUUUGCGAAAUCCUCUCUUUAUACUGAUGACAUCUUUACAGGCUGGAUGGCUCAAAGCUUGAAGACACCUUUACUAGCACAAACCUGGCAGCGGAGGAAUCAUGAGCUUCCUUCCAACUGUUCCCUUCGUUACCACGUCUACAAUAUCAACUACAUUAGACUAGAUCGCAAAUAUUCUUUCAGUUCUUACCAUGACCAUUCCAAAUGGUGCGUUUCCCGCAACUUCAACAAUCACUGGACCUGUAUUGGAGAUCUAAAUCGGGACCCACACCAAGCCUUUAGAGGUGGGGGAUUCAUCUGUACCAUGAGUUGGCACAUUUAUCAGUCAUUUUAUGGAGCGGUGAUUCAUUAUGAAAAAUGUGGCUAAGCUUGGGGAAAGGACAUGUGCAGUGCCCUCGAAAAUACUGGAAACGGAACUUCCUGCCUUGGAUCCAUUCUCCAUAUGUUAAAGGUUUCUGAGCGUGCACAGCAUAGCAUCCAACAAAACACGGUGGGUCCCCAUUUCCCAAUCUGUUUAAUCAGUAGAAAUUUGUCUCCUUUGUAUUUAGGAAUUAGAAACCCAAAUCAAGAUAUACAAAUAACAAUAAUGGAUGGAAUGAAUGAGAAUAUUCUUGCAGUUUGGUCAUCUUCAGUGGCCGAUCUUGUAGAUUAAAUUUGAUCUCUUCCACAAAG